GGCCUCAUGAAGCGCAUAAUUAUGCAGAGCGGCACGCCACUUGCUAUGGUGACUAUCAGUGCGUAUAAGGCAGGAGGCCAAUUCGUCAACGUGGCAAGCACUUUGGGUUGCUACGAUAGAUGGAAAGGCUUUGAUGAGCAACUUUCCGACACCAUGGCAUGCUUGAGGGAACUUAGUGCUCAAAAAAUUCACGAGACGCUGAAGCAGCAAAGUACCUUUAGGCAGCUCUUCCCACCCGUAACUGGAGAUGAAUUCUUCCCAGAUGACCCCCUCGAUGUAGCUACGUGGAAGAAGAUGUCCGUAAAAGAGGUAAUCAUGGGGACAACGUCGAAUGAAAGUACGGUAUUUUUCCAGAACAUACGUUUCGUUGCUCCACAGCUGUCUAAUUUGCUGGCAAGUAAUUAUAGGUUGACUAUUACCAUUGCGUUAAAGACCAUGUUCAACUUUCCCCUGGGGGCUGGGAGAGACAUUGUGAACGCAUAUUUCGGUGACGAGGAGGUUCACCAUGACAAAGAUCACGUUAUAAGUAUGUUUUGCGAGCUUCUGGGAGACGCCAUGUUUUACUGUCCUACACAUUUCUUCGCCGACGUAGCUUCUCAACAAGGAGCCGACGUGUACAGAUAUGUCUUCGCGCACAAAGCAUCCAAGAGCUACUUCCCUGCGUGGAUGGGAGUUGUGCACGGGGCUGACUUGGGUUACAUGCUGGGAUCGCUUCCGUUCCUGCACGACGAAAGUAAAUUGACGCCUCCUGUGGGACCCAAAAUUAGAGAGAUCCUUAUGGACCAGACCUACACUGUUGAAGAAGAAGACUUCAUGAAGCAGGUUGUUAGUAGCUGGGCGUCCUUUGUCCGGACCGGGAAACCGUCGGUUCCUCCAUCCAAUCCGGAAUGGCCAAAGCACACCUUACAAAAUCAACACUUCGUCUACCUCCUUCCCGGCAAUUUCAGUCCAUCCCAUGAAUUGAAGAAACAGCGAUGUGAAUUGUGGCGGCCCUACCUGAUAAAAGAGAAUGUCAUCCCGGCGCCCAAGUCAACGACGACAUCGACAUCGAGUCCUCCAAUGAAACCAACGCCCCCAACAAAGAAGCCGACAUACACGAAGCGGCCCCUCACCAAGCAGGCUUCCUCAGCUGCGCCGUUUGAGAAUUAUCCCUCUAACAUUGUUAUUCUUUCAAUGUUCGCGCUCUUUUGCUUACGUCAAGGACUAUGAACAAAAGUGCAAUAAACAAUACCACUCGCUUUGUUCUAA